CCUCGGCCGCUGCUGCCAUCUGCUGAAAUAUUCGCCCACAUACCACUGAACCCUUUCCAUUGUUAUUUCUGAGGAUAAAGAUGGCUGCUGGAUGUUGUGGAACCAAGAAACAGAAGCUGAACAAUUCUACCAGUAUAACUUGUAACGGGACAUCGUUAAUACCAAAUGGAGUGCGAAAUGGGAUGGUGGCGCAUCCAGAAAUGUGCUUUUUUUGUUUCGAUGUUUUAUAUUGUCAUUUACAUAGCCUUGAGCCUCCGAAAACCCCUAACUUCUGCAACGAUCCAUAUCCCCUGUUCGUGACAUGGAAGAUUGGAAAGGAUAGGCGGCUACGAGGCUGUAUAGGCACCUUUAAUGCCAUGAAUCUCCACUGCGGAUUGCGGGAGUAUGCAGUAACCAGUGCUUUCAAGGACUCUCGGUUCAGUCCUAUCACAAGAGAUGAGUUCUCCAAACUCCACGUGUCCGUCUCUAUCCUCCGCCAUUUUGAAGAUGGCAUGGACUACCUUGAUUGGGAAGUGGGGGUGCAUGGAAUACGAAUAGAAUUCCACAAUGAAAAAGGAAGCAAACGUACGGCUACCUACCUUCCCGAGGUUGCACCAGAACAAGGUUGGGACCAGAUCCAGACAAUUGAUUCUUUACUACGAAAAGGUGGCUACAAGGGUUCUGUGACUCCAGAUAUUAGAAGAAAUAUAAAACUCACACGUUACCAGAGCGAAAAGAUAUCUGUGAGCUAUCAAGACUAUCUCAACCAUUGGCGCAAUCGGCGGUGCUAGCAGAUACUGUGGGGCCCUCCUGGCCCCAGCAGUGGUGCAGUGAUGUGGACUGCUCCACCGCAGACUCUGAAUCUACAUCACUCACAACAAACUGCCCCUUUGGUGUUGCCUCCUGCACCAAUUUUGCAUCCACAGUUUGCUGCCCCUCCACCACAGCCCUUUGUUCUCAGUAAUCAUCAGCAGCAGUUGUCGACAACUUCUGUGGUGCACUGGUGGGACCAACCUGGGCCAUCAGCCCUUUAUCAUGAUGCUCAGUCCACAUCCAGCAGCUACAACCACAACCACCACCAAGUGAGAAAACGCAAGUGACGAUAGCUGUUGUUAAUUGUAAAGAAGCUGUGUUGUUAGUUCACAGUUCCGCCUUGUGCCUACAACCAGCCUUGCAUUGAGAGCUUUUACCUGUGAUGUUACUGGGUUUUUGAAUUAGGUCUAAAACUGAAAUGGCAGCUUUCACCGAUAAAUGCAAGUUGGAUGAUAAUAUUUGUUGCAGUGCGUGCAAAAUCGUGUUACUGAAAGUUAUCAGUGUCAUAAUUUUCCCCUCAUGAUCUCAGCAAGUGGACAUAGUAGAUCUGUAAUACUACUGAGAAACAUUUGGUGACAGACUUAGUAACGUGAAAGUGACUUACGUCAGUACAGUGUUAUUGUGUUUUUACAGAUAUAUCUAUAUGUAUAUGUAUACAGGUAUACAAAUAUAUACAAAGCUGUAUAAAGCGGCCUUAGAAACAGAUGAAUGUUAAAUUUGCCUAUGGUACUUCAAGGUAUGUUGAAAAUGUGCUAAAUCAUGUGAUAUGAGCAAACGUGUCCAUUUGAGUGAAUUAGCAUUAUUUGAAAUACCCGUACUCACUGCCAUUUAUUCGUCUGCAAAUGGUGAAUGUUAAAAAUGAGUGUAUGCAAAAAAAAAAUAUGAAAACAUGGUGGCAGAUUGUUCCUUGUGAUCUCCUCAUAGUGAUCGCUUUUGUCAGAAAUUUCGUUUGUGUACGACUGUCCAUUUUUAUAGAAGUGGUACUAUUUCAGAUAUCUUGCUGAAUAUUGGAACUUCAUUAGCAAAGAAAAUGUUGCUAGGUAACUUAAAAUAACUUAUUUUCAAGAAAAAAAAAUCGAAAUGUAAAGAUCAGCUUACACCAUGUUAUAUGCUCAGGAAUAAGUACUGUUUACACGAGAAAAUAAGGAAAGUGUAGUUUAUGGAACUAUGUGUAAUGUUUUCCAUAUCUAAAUGUCAAACAUUUGUAAAAUUUUUGUUAGUGUUGAUAUUUUUGUGACUUUUUUGCCAGAUAAUUUAAGAGGAAUGAGCCUGUUUUUAGCUAUACUAUAUGAGAAACUUAGUGGAAGAAUGAUUACUGUUUACAAAGGACUUUUGAUUCUGAUGAAUUACAUUGUGCUUGUGGAUAGACUAUUCUUUUCAGGUGUUACUUACUUGUUAAUCAGGAAUUUGUCUUCUUUCAGGCCAUUACUUUGUAAUGGGGAGUAUGAGAGAUGAAACUAAUACAACAUUUUUUCUUCAUUGUGGAAAAUAAUUUUUUUAUGUAGUUUCAGGAUUUAUUUAAGUGAUGAUGAGCUUCAGACUUUUGGAAGCAUCUUCUUGUAAUCAGUACUGCAGUACCAAACAAAUUAAGAGUAGUUAAUAUAUAGGUAUAUAUCAGCCGUUCAACAGUUGUGUUAUGUUCUGUAAUAAAUUUACUGACUCGCCAACUAUUUCAUUGUUUCUGCUGUAAAAUGACAAUUCUAUUAAAAGUAGUUGUAGUGUAUCAGUAUGCCUACUCUUAAUAUAGUUAUAGUUUUAUAUUAUCCCUGUUCUCAGAGAUCUUACCAUCACUAGUAAAAACUUGGUAUAGAUAAAUACAUUCAAUUUGCAUUUUACAUAAAAUAGGGGCUUGUUCACUUUCAUUCAGUAAUGGUUUUCUUCUUUUUUGCAGUGUAUACAUGUAUAUGCCACUAUGUGUGUGUUGUUCGUUAUUACCUGUAAGAUGUAAAUGGAAAUAGUAAAAUCAAGUGAUAAUAUACUGACAUUUAUGAGAUGCUUACUGUAACUAAACUAACAUUAUUUUCCAUGAUUUUUUGUGCAUACCUUAUUGUGGUACUGCAGUAUUCAAUUAAAGAUCUCGAAAGAGGUGUGUUUUAUAUGUGUAAUUAUUUUUGUUGAAUUAAUCUAAAGCACUUCUACAGAGUCACACUUAAUUGGAAACAUCUGUUAUACUGUGAUCCUCACGAUUUGUGAGAACACUAAUGCAAGAAGCAACAAAACAAACUUAAAAGUGUGAAAAUUUGUGGAAUGUGCCUGUGUUGCUCUUUUUUAAAUGUUUUAGUAUGUGUGUUGAAGAAACAUUGCUCUGACCAUCGGAAAGGUAAUAUGAGAAAAUACCGUAGAAAUGCUGAGGAAGACCACUAGUAAGAAAUGUUGCCAGACAUGCUUGUUUUGCAGUUUGUCAGUUUUGGACUUAAGCUUAUGGUUAAUGAAUGAUAAAUAUUGUCAUAUGCUAGGUGCUGUUUUCACUUAAAUUGUUCUGGCCUACAGUGGAUUCCAGGAACUGUGUGUCACCUGAAUAAUUGUUUGAAACAAUAUGUAAUCACAGGACUAGGAUGAAUGCCCUGUAAGUUAGAGUGAAUGUGGAAGCAUAAAUAUGUUAAACUGUGUUGUUACAGUCUGUUUUCAAUAGGUUGUUGAACAUUGGUUUUCUUAAAAUUUUUGUAAGUUUUGCUUAGGUGGAGCUGUCAUGUUAGACAUUUUCCAGUAAUGUAGCUCUGCAUUAAUAGAAUUUGUUUAUAUUGGUGUGUUUUGAUAGAAUGCCAUGUUUUUCCUUAUGGUACAUGUGUGUAUUGUUGUUUUUUAAGGGAAGAAAAUUAAAAACAGUGCUUCAGUUGUUACAGAAAUAAACUGUAUUUAAAGAUACAUGUGCAUUAAAUGUUUCAAAAUUAGUUCAAUUUGCAGUAGAUGUCACAUUUUACAUGUUUCAUAUUUCUGAACUGUGUGUAAUACAUCUUGAGUAUUACAUAUUCUGAAUCUAAAUAAAACUGUUUUGAGUGUAAACAAAGCAACAAAUGUGAAAUUUUAACAUUACUUAAAAUAGCCCAUAAUGGUUUGCUGUUUGCAACAAAAGCAUUGAUAUUUAUUUUAACAGCAAACUGUUUAUGUUCUUCAAGCAUUGCCUCAAAUAGGUAUUAGUGUUUGUAUUGUGAAACUGAGAUGAAAGUAAUCAGUCUGAAAUUAGAAUGUUUUGUACUGUUACAAAGCACAUUUAAUGCUACCAACACUAUUUUGGAAAUAA